GGGAGAAAGAGAGGGGGGAAGAAAGAGAGGGAAAGGGUAACUAGCAUUAAUGCCACUGUGAACCUUUUUUGUAAAUAUCUUUAACACUAAUUUCUGGGUUCCUGCCCUUUACCUAUUGCACAUCUAAGACUCUUUUUGGACAAAUACAAAAGACGACACAUUUAUUUGCCUCUUUUGGGGACAUUAGAAAGAUAUUUCGAUAAUAAAUGCUAAAAGCACCAAACGAAUGGCUGUGACUCAAGCCGUACUGCCUUCGUUUUCAAACUUCUGCAACGCCUCCGAAAACAUGAAGGCUUGGAAGUUUGAAAAAGGCUUCUUGGAUCUGGACUCCAAGGAUCUACACCAAAGCACUGGCAGCUAUAAAUCUUCUCAGUUUCUGUCAAAUGAAAAGCAUGAUGACAGUGAGGGAUGCUGGGAUAUGGAGUUCCUGCUGUCUGACUGGGGCGGCGCAUCACCUGGACGGUCCAACUCUCAAAACUACACUUCCCAGCGGCCGCCGAUGCAGGACCAGGUUCACAGUCCUGAUCUUUACCAGUUCCAGGAGUCAAGAUCAAACAGACACCAAGUGACCAUUACAGGUUCUCUGGCUGAGCUGCUUCCUCAUGAAGCAACUUUAAGUUCCUCAUUGUCUGACCUUUUUAAUGGAGGAUAUUUGGAGCAGCAGCAGCAAGUGGCAAAAUCGUUCUCACAAGCAGAAAACCCCCAUCAGUUCAGUAGUUUCCCUAUUGCUAAUGACAUCAACAGAGAAAAUGAGAGAAACAGCAUGGGGAAGAUGAAGUCGUGGGAUUUUGGACACUAUCCUCAGCCUGCACCUUUGAUACCCUUCCCUUCCCAGACGUCUGGGAUUGCCAUGGACGCACUGGUGUUUCCUCCACACCAUCACUAUAACUUCAUCCAAAACUACUCACAGCCCAGACUCUACCAACCGCAAGUGAGCUACGUGCACAGGCAGCCGGCCAGCCACUAUCCGUCCACACAGAGCAUGGUGCCCGACUCCACAGUGCCCCCUCCAGGUCUGGGAGGGAAGCGCGUGCGGAGGGGGGUGUUGAAGAGGAAAGCCACGGUUCACAGUUGUGAAUACCCAGGCUGCCAUAAGACUUACACCAAGAGCUCUCAUCUCAAAGCACACCUCCGAACACACACAGGUGAAAAGCCGUACCAUUGCAAGUGGGAAGGUUGCGGGUGGAAGUUCGCCCGUUCGGAUGAGUUGACGAGACACUUCCGAAAACACACGGGACAGAAGCCAUAUGAGUGCAUGCUCUGCCACAGAGCCUUCAGCCGUUCCGACCACCUGGCGUUACACAUGAAGAGACAUGUGUGAGGCCAAACACAAACAAAACACAAAAAGCAAAUGCGUCCACACAUUGAGGUUAGUCCGUGAGAGCAUUUUAGAGGUUUAGAGAGGACCUGUGUUCAGCAGGUGAGGUGCUGGACAUUGUUUAUCCAUAAAGCACUAUUACAUAAAUAUAGACAACUGACAUGUACAUACUGUACAUUAAAAUGCUAAAGGGGAUGCAUUGGUGAUUUUUAUUUUUUUUUUCAAAAAUAAAAUCAUAAUCAUAAGUAGGUUUCACACCAAAAUCAAGAGCUCCAAAUUUGUAUUUACUUACAGUAAAAACAUCAGACUUAUUUCCAAUCUGGACCCUUUAACAAAACUGUAUGAAUUAGCAAACGGUAAACAAUUAAUUGAAAUCCACCCAUCAAAAAUUGAUUACUGUGAAAAAUAAAAAAGAAAGAGAAAAGAAAAGUAGUUAUGUAAGAGUACAUUAUUAGUAAUGUAAGGAAAUUCCUGAUGGAUAUGAAUUGGAAUUAGCUCAUGUACAUAGAGAUGCAGAAAUAUAUGUAGCUUAAAGUGUGAUUUUUUACAGAAAAUGACAAAAAAAAAAUAUUUGUUGC